CCGCCCUCUCCCCCGCCCCGUCCUUAAAGGGGCGAGAGCGUCGACCCAGUAGCCCGCGGCUGGUCGCCGAGGCGCGGGCAGCGAGGGAACAGGCGGCAGGAUGUGUGACCGGAAUGGCGGGCGUCGGCUCCGGCAGUGGCUGAUCGAGCAGAUUGACAGCAGUAUGUACCCAGGGCUGAUAUGGGAAAAUGACGAGAAGACUAUGUUCCGUAUCCCUUGGAAGCAUGCCGGCAAGCAGGAUUACAAUCAGGAAGUGGAUGCUUCUAUCUUCAAGGCCUGGGCAGUUUUUAAAGGGAAGUUUAAAGAUGGGGACAAAGCUGAGCCAGCCACGUGGAAGACGAGGUUACGCUGUGCUUUGAACAAGAGCCCAGAUUUUGAGGAAGUGACUGAUCGAUCCCAGCUGGACAUUUCCGAGCCGUAUAAAGUUUACCGAAUUGUCCCCGAGGAAGAGCAAAAAUGCAAGCUGGGCGUGGCGCCGGCCGGCUGCAUGAGCGAUGUCACGGAGAUGGAGUGUGGGCGCUCUGAGAUAGAGGAGCUGAUCAAGGAGCCUUCUGUGGAUGAAUACAUGGGUCUGACUAAAAGGAGCCCAUCCCCACCAGAGGCUGGCAGGAGCCAGGUCCUCCCUGACUGGUGGGUCCAGCAGCCCAAUGCAGGCCUACCACUGGUGACCGGGUACGCCACCUAUGACCCACAUCAUUCAGCCUUCUCCCAGAUGCUGAUCAGCUUCUACUAUGGGGGCAAGCCGGUGGGCCAGGCUACCACCACCUGCCCCGAGGGCUGCCGUCUGUCCCUGAGCCAGCCGGGCCUUCCCAAACUGUAUGCGCCCGAUGGCCUGGAGCUGGUGUGCUUCCCGACAGCGGACACCAUCCCCAGCGAGCGGCAGAGGCAGGUGACCCGGAAGUUGUUUGGGCACCUGGAGCGUGGUGUGCUCCUGCAUAGCAACCACAAGGGUGUGUUUGUGAAACGGCUGUGCCAGGGCCGCGUGUUCUACAGUGGCAACGCAGUGGUGGGCAAGGGCAGGCCCAACAAGCUGGAGCGGGACGAGGUGGUGCAAGUCUUUGACACCAACAAGUUCUUCAGAGAACUGCAUCAGUUCUACAACGCCCAGAGUCGUCUUCCUGACAGCAGGGUGGUACUGUGCUUCGGGGAGGAGUUUCCGGAUACAGCGCCCUUGCGCUCCAAACUCAUUCUGGUGCAGGUGGAGCAGCUGUAUGCCAGGCAGCUGGUGGAGGACGCAGGCAAGAGCUGUGGUGCUGCCUCCCUGGUGCCAGCCCUGGAGGAGCCCCAGCUAGACCAGACCUUCCGGAUGUUUCCAGACAUUUGUGCCUCACACCAGAGACCCUUUUUCAGAGAAAACCAACAGAUCACCGUCUAAGCCUCUCCCCGGGCCAUCCCACCUCGCCUGAGGCUCAAGCUUCACGAUUCUGUGACUGAGAGGAUUCUGAAAGGAUGUGGACCCCUCUGACUAGGGUGGGUGGUGUCCUCCGUGGGGUCUCCAGAAGCACAGACAUGGACACGCUCCUGCUCAGGCAGAUUUCGGAAGCUGGCAGGGGCUGUGGCUAGAACCUGUGAUUAAAACGUUUGUUUCCUGAAUUUUCCCCUUUACCAUUAAUGGUUAUUCUUUCUGCAUGUUGAAGUCACUUUGACAGUUUAAAUCAGUCUGUGCCAAUAGGGCCUCCUUUGUCCUUCUUGGCUGAAGGUAGAGAUUUAUGACUUCCUGUGCUUGCCUCUACACAAGGCAUCUUUUUACUAUUCAGACCUUUUCUG